AUGAUGUCCGCGUCCAGGUGGAUACCUUGCGGCAUCUGCGGUAGUGAUGUGCAUUAUUAUACUCAUGGCCGGAUUGGUGAUUUCAUCGUCCGGGAGCCGAUGAUUCUGGGUCACGAGACCAGCGGCGUGAUCAGCGAAGUCGGCAGGGCGGUAUCCCACCUGAAAGUCGGGGAUCGGGUCUGCAUGGAGCCGGGAGUCCCCGGCGCUACCAGUCCGGAGACUUUAGCCGGUUGCUACAACCUGGAUCCGGCUGUGCGUUUCUGGGCGACCCCGCCGGUGCACGGCAGUCUGCGCGAGAGUGUGGUGCACCCGGCUGCGUUUACUUUCAGGCUGCCGGAUAAUGUAACACUGGCUGAGGGGGCUCUGGUGGAGCCGCUGGCCACGGGCGUGUAUGCGGUGCAACGCGCUCAGGUUCCGCCAGGCAGCGCGGUCCUGGUGCUGGGGGCGGGAACCAUCGGCAUUGUCACGGCCCUGGCUGCCCGGGGUACCGGCUGCUCAGAAGUGUAUAUCGCCGAUGUCAAGGCCGGGAAACUGGCCUUUGUCGAACGGCACUAUGAGGGGAUUACCACCAUCGAUCUGUCGGUGCAGAGCGUGGCAGAAUUUUUUGCUGCGCGCGGCAUCCGGGGUGUUCGCGUGAUCUUUGAGGCCAGCGGCAGCCCGCAGGCUUACCGGGGGCUCAGCGAACUGCUGCUGCCGAAGGGGAAACUGAUACUGAUCGGCAUGCCGCCCGAACCGGUUGUUCUGGAUGUGGUCAGUAUGCAGAUUAAGGAGAUCGCGAUUGAAAGUAUUUUCCGCUAUGUGAAUGUGUUUCCCGGGGUGCUGGGGAUGAUGGGCGCGGGAGCACUGAGGGUGGCUCCUCUGAUUACAAAAACGUAUCCGUUCAGCGAAGCGGUUGCGGCCUUUGAAUAUGCGGCAACGGCUCCUGAGUCUGAGAUCAAGAUUGCGAUUCAGGUGGGGUAG